UUCCGCCCAUAGUUAAUAUGGCGACCGGCGCGCCUUCUUCCGCCCGUAGUUGGUCGGGCCGCGGCAGAUCUGGCGGUGGAGCGAGAAUGGUAAUGGCUGUACCGAGGCUGGAGCUGAACCUGGUGCGGCUGCUGUGCCGUUGCGAGGCGCUGGCGGCCGAGAAGCGCGAACCGAGCGAAUGGCGCCUGGAGAAGUAUGUAGCCGCCCUGGAAGAAAUGCUCCAAGCCUUGAAGGAACAGUCAAGUAAACCUGCCCCUGAAAUGCUUAAUGAGUAUUCUAGAAAAGUGGAGUUUUUAAAAGGAAUGUUAGAGGCAGAAAAACUGUCAUCUUCCUCGGAGAAAGCCCUAGCCAAUCAGUUCUUGGCCCCAGGACGCACGCCCACCACCACCCACGAGCGAGUGCCGGCCACCAAGACGGUGCACUUGCAGACGAGGGCUCGGUACACAGGCGAAAUGAGGAGCGAGCUGCUGGGCGUGGAGUCCUCGUCAACCAGUGGUUCUGGGGACCUAAACUUAAGGAAACGAACGGGCCUUGGGACAGAUGAGAAGCAAUCAGCUGCUGAGCUCGAUGCUGUGUUACAGCAUCACCACAAUGUCCAGGAGAAGCUGGCCGAGGAGAUGCUGAGUUUGGCCCGAAGUCUGAAGAACAACACUCUGGCGGCACAGAAUGUUAUUAAACAAGAUAAUCAGACGCUCUCCCACUCCAUCAAGAUGGCGGAUCAGAACUUCGAGAAGCUGAAGACAGAGUCGGAGAGGCUGGAGCAGCACGCCAAGAAGUCAGUCAACUGGCUCCUGUGGAUUGUGCUCAUCUUCGUCUGCUUCAUCUUCAUCAGCAUGAUCCUCUUCAUCAGGAUCUUCCCUAAGUUAAAGUGAAACCAGGGGCUGGCCAACUGGCACAUGGACAAGAGCAGGGAAGCAGUGGGGACAGGUCUGGGCUUAAGAAACAAUCAUUCAUCUCCUGCAGUUUCCUUCCAAACACUAGGGAACAUAGGGCAGGAUGGUCUUCCUCAAAGGGAGGAGAAUAAAAUGGCAUUUCCAUUGU